AUGGAACAGAGUAAUUCCGAUUGGUCAGAGAGUGAGAUUGAAACUGCGGAAAUUCUUGCUAAUUUGUAUCAUACUUUCUCUUUGUUCAGCCAUGUGCCGUACUCAUGGGGGUGUGGAAAGAAGAGAUCUCCAAUUCGUAAUACACCUUGUUCUAAUGGCGGCGGCGCAGCCACCGUUGUUCCUCCUCCUCCUCCUUCUGACGCCGUUAAAGUGAAAGCUUCAAGUCCAACAACCCCUCAUUCGUUUCCAACAACUGAAUCAGAUGACAAGAUUAAACAUUCCGAAAGAACAACUUCUCUCAAAAGGAAGAGAGAGCACUAUCUUAAUAUUAUUGAAGGUUUGACGAAUACUAAAGACUCCAUCACUCAAGAGAUUGCAAAUGUGAAACGUGAUUGUGAAGAAUUGAAGCUCGCCAAUUCCAAAUUGACAGCAAAGGGAAAAAAGCUAAUUAUUAAUGGUCCCAAAGGUGAAUACAAAAUUCCCAAUUUAGAGAUUAAUAAGCCAAUGAAAGUGAAUGAUAUCAUCAAUAGUUCAGUCAACACUUCCAAUUCCACUACUCAAAAUGAAGAGCAGAGAAUUCAUCAUGGCAACAAUUUAGGGGUUGAUCCAACGACGUCGUUGGGAGUGGCAUCAUCAUCAUCUUCAAUGGGCCGCAACAGUGAUAAUAAGGCCCCAUUAUUCAUUCCUGAUUUGAACGUAUCAUUUGAAGCAAUUAAAGAUUCGGGUAAAGUAAGAGCUUCUCAAGCAAGACAGAGAAGGAUUCACAUUUUGAGACUCAAGAGAAAUAAUGCCAAACAACACCAAUCUUCUUCUGUUAGAUAG